AUGACAAUAGAGGAACUUCAUAACAAAAUUAGUAAUUUUAAAAAAGCAACAUAUAUUACAGUUUACGCUCUUUCAGCUUGUAUUCCUAGAAUACCACCAGUAGUAAUUGCUGUAAAUCCAUCAGACCAAACUGAAAAAGCAGAAAUUAAUGCGCAUGAUAAUAAUUUAAUUAUGAGAGAAUUAAAUCGUGCAGGUGCUAUGACAGUUGGCUUAUAUUUUGAUG